CUUCGAUAUCGAUUCCGAGGCUGGUUCGUUUGAUUUACUUGGAUCUGAAGGACCAUUUGUCGCUGUCGAGGAAAGUCGACUACUGUUUACUUUGGGUGUUGCGAGGCAACUGCGCGACUUUGGCCACUGACGUAUUUGGCGCUUCACUUAACGCGAAAUUUGUCAAAGGGCAGCCCGAACAACCACCACGAAUUCCCUGCGCCGUCGACAACACUCGAGAAGGGUAUCUAGAGGCUGUCCUGGUUCUCUCAUAAGAUAUUUUAGCGACCACUCACAGGUGAUAACAUGUCUCACCGCGCCGAUGCCUCCAAUACGCUCGACAACCGUGGCUAUACUGGCCCUCUCAUUCGAGGCCAGAAUCCUGCCUUACUCCUCGAGACUGCUAUGCGCGAUCGAAUAACCGACUCUCUAUACUGGAAAGAACAAUGUUUUGGUCUCAAUGCUGCCACCUUGUGCGAUCGAGCGGUUGAACUCACAUAUAUUGGUGGCACUUAUGGUGUUGCUAUGAAACCUUCUCCGUUCAUCUGCCUGGCCUUCAAACUGUUGACGCUUGUGCCCGACAAAGAGAUCAUACUGGAAUACCUGAACUAUGGAGGGGAAGAAUGGAAAUAUCUGCGGGCUCUGGCUGCAUUCUAUGUGCGCUUGACCUUUGAUCCGGCCGAGAUUUACACAACGUUGGAGCCGCUCUUGGAGGACUCGAGAAAAUUGAGACAACGAAGGAAAGAAGUAUAUGUCCUUGUCCAUAUGGAUGAGUUCGUGGACAACCUCCUGACGAAGGACCGUGUUUGUGGAACAAGUCUAUGGAAAUUGCCCGCGAGACAGCUGCUUGAAGAUCUUGACCAACUGGAAGAAAGAGUCAGUCCGCUCCAGGCGGAGCUGGAUGCAAUGGAAGAGGACGAUGAGAUCAUGGAAGAUGUCGACCGAAACGGUACAAGAAGUGAGAACGGUGAAAGUCCCGGGAGCGACGACAGGAGCAGAGAUCGGAGUAGAAGUCGGAGUGGUUCGGAAAGUGACUGAAAGGCAUUGAUAGGUUUGCUCGCAAAGACUACAAGGCUAAUCGAGACCGUCACCGGAAUCUACACAACAACGAAAUCGUCGCCUCCAUCGCUGGAUGUUUGUUCCACAGCAGGUUCACCAGCAUCGUCUGCUUCUUCCCGAAGUCCAGGAUCUCGAGUGUCCUUAUCAAAUGGCGAAAGCGUUGCUGCUUGAGACCUGAUGAGAUCCAGCAGUGACGUGCUGUCAUCUUGUCGAUGCCAGGUUGGAUGUUCAAUGUGGAUUUCUGUCCCCUCGGGCAAAGUGUUGUCUUCUUCGGACAUCGGCUCGCCUUCGAGUUGAGGGCUCGGAGGUAGAGCGGGUACAACGCCUUGUUCCUGAUGACCUGUAUCCUCUUCCUGGAGCGAUGGUGUUCGUGAAAGCACCACCGAGGUAUCGGAUUUGAACGAUUCGUCGUCACCACCAUUACUUGUAAUGGAGUGUUCAGACCCAUCAUCUUCGAAAUCUUGCGACAGACCAGGGCCAUCUCGCUUCUCGCGGUACAAAAAUUGACGGUCUCUCCAGACGUCCUUCCUCAUCCAUCGAGACCACUCGGGUCCAUCACAUGGCAUGUCGAAAAGCUCCACCAUGUUUGGUCCGCCAAUGUUGGUGUUGACCACGUUCAGUAGGGUAAUUGAAAAGUCAUCGGAAGCGAUUGGCAUGAAUGGACCUGCGUAUGCACGAACCGGCCAAACGUUCCAUUUAUUCUGUAAUUGGGUAAUGGUUUCGUUGGCAAUCUGGUCGAGCACUUCUGAACUCAUUCGAGUUGCAUGGUUGAUCAACACGACCGGUUCAUUUGAGUUGAUGUGGACGGUACGCGAUCGCGGGAGGGUUUGGUCGAGGAGGUUCUGAAGUGAACGUCCGACCUGACUGGCUGGUGUGUCCCUCUCGGCCUUACUAGUUGUGUCAUCCUCGCCUUCAUCUAAUGAUGUACUCUCGUCGUACAUUGUUGGUGAGGAUGAGGUCUCGUUAGACAUUAGAUUUUCCGAUACCAAACUGCCGACUUUGACGAUAUCGGCAUCAUCGUAACCCAUCUUGGCGAGGGCGUCGCAUACUUUGGCCACGAGUAAGACACCAGGACUCUUUGUGUCUGAGGGUCGGUUCUCUGCGACUGUUGCAUCAUGCUUAUCGAACCGAAUGAUAUCGUCGACCUUGAUGCCAUGAAAGGAUGGUAAAUUGAGGAUACUGUCCAUGUUGAUGACGAAAUGUGAGUCGUUGACUCUCAGGUAAUCAUCAACGAAUAAAUUAUCGAUAGAGAUGUCUUAAAUGUUGUGUUUCUGUUUUUGGCGAAGGAUUCUUAUCUACAGAUGUCUAAACAGCGCGUAUUGCAUCACACACCUUAUCGUCACCAAUAUCGUAUUUCGCACGUCUGAAGUUAAAAAAAGGGCCCUGCAUGGUGAGCUGUGUCGAUCCCGUGGCAAAAACUUCCAGGGUACGACUUACUGGAGGGACAUGGAUUAUUUUUGGAGUGCAUGGUUGGAAUAUUUUGAUAGAGAUGCAUUCGUUGAGAUCAA